GGGGGGAGAUCUGUUUGUAGUACUCCGAGUCCUGAUGUCACAGGCUGAGCAAGGACAUAACAAGGAGGAGUCAGAUUACAGUAAGAAUGGGCAGUGCAGCAGAAAGCUCCGAGUAAAUGCGAAAUCAGACGGGGCUCGUGGCCGGGAGAAGGAGGCGGUCUGCAAAGCCCGGCACCCCGACUGCUCCCGCACGCCCGCGGAGCCGCCAGCUCGCCCGCUCGCUCCCGCCGUCCCUAUGCCAUGCCGGGGGGACUGCCAGCUCCCGUAGCAUGAAGCAGCCCCGCUCUCGGUGCCAGGCAGCCCGGCGCAGGGGGAGCUGAUGCCGAGGACGCAGCGGUGGGAUCCCAGCUGUAUGAUUAAUGAGAAACAUAAUGUAUUUUGGUGGCACAUGCCAGAGCCCUGCUCUCCCAGCCCUGGUGCGUCCACCUGCCCCACCUUUGCAGCCCUCGCUGGAUAUUAAACCAUUUCUUCCGUUUCCUCUGGACACUGCAGCAGCAGUCAAUCUGUUCCCCAAUUUUAAUGCAAUGGACCCAAUUCAGAAAGCAGUAAUAAAUCAUACAUUUGGGGUUCCUCUUCCUCAUCGAAGAAAGCAAAUCAUAUCGUGUAACAUUUGCCAGUUGAGAUUUAAUUCUGAUAAUCUCCCAAAGAAUACCAAUGAAUACCAACUCACACUAAGAGAGAGCCAGGCUGCGGCCCACUACAAAGGCACUAAACAUGCCAAGAAGCUCAAAGCACUGGAAGCCAUGAAAAAUAAACAGAAAUCUGUACCUGCCAAGGACAGCGCAAAGACUACCUUCACCUCCAUCACUACCAAUGCCAUCAAUACCAGCUCUGACAAAACAGAGAGUACCGCAGGGACACCAGCAAUAUCAACAACAACAACCACCAUGGAAAUUCGAAAGAGCAGCAUUAUGACAACAGAGAUCACCUCAAAAGUGGAAAAGACCCCCACCAUUGCCACCCCCGGCAACAACAGCACAUGUCCUUCUGCGGAGACUGAGGAAGAGAAGGCCAAACGGCUCCUGUAUUGUUCGCUAUGCAAGGUUGCUGUCAACUCGGCCUCCCAGCUGGAGGCACAUAACAGCGGGACUAAGCACAAAACCAUGCUGGAAGCCCGAAAUGGGAGUGGGACUAUUAAGGCAUUUCCUCGAGCAGGAGUAAAAGGCAAAGGGCCGAUCAACAAGGGGAACACGGGCCUGCAAAACAAGACAUUUCACUGUGAAAUCUGUGACGUGCAUGUAAAUUCAGAGACACAACUUAAACAGCACAUCAGCAGUAGAAGGCACAAAGACAGAGCUGCUGGGAAACCCCCCAAACCUAAAUACAGUCCCUAUAACAAACUUCAGAAGGGAGCACAUCCACUUGGGGUCAAAUUAGUAUUUUCUAAGGAACCUUCCAAGCCAUUGGCUCCACGGAUCCUCCCCAACCCACUGGCAGCUGCAGCAGCUGCUGCCGCUGUGGCAGUGAAUUCACCCUUCAGUCUCCGGACAGCUCCAGCAGCCACCCUCUUCCAGCCAUCUGCACUUCCUCCAGCACUCCUCCGGCCUGCUCCAGGGCCCAUACGGACCACCCAUACUCCUGUGCUGUUUGCUCCUUACUGAACUCCAACUGGGAGUUAUUGUACUGCAAUAAUUUUUUUUUUCAAAAAACAAAGAAAACAAACAAAAAAAUGAACUAUGCAGUGUUUAUUUAUAGUUUAAAGUCUAUCUGAAGAGCCAGGACUUUUGAUAGUAAAUUGAAAAGAUUCUAAAAGGGGAUGGGAGGGAGGGGAAGGGGGCAGCAUUUUCUCCACAUAAGAGCAUUCCUCUUGAAUAUUUGACUGUUUUAGAAGUGAUCUCCAGCAUUGACUCAUAGUGAUAUCUAGAACUUACAAAACCUUUGUGACCGUGCUUUUGGGCACCUAUUUUCCCCUGCAUUGUCUUUCCUGCUUUAUGAAACAACUAUACAUUUGUCUAAGGGCAUUAAGUGGUUCCAAUGUAUAUUCAGUACUUUAUUCUGUAGAUUAACAAGAAGAAGAAUGAAAAGAAGCAGAAACACUGUGAAUAGUAGACCCCUUACUGAUCCUCCUGCCAUGUCAGCAGUCACUGGGUAUUUAUCAGAACAAAAUUAGAUGCAGUAGUUGUCUUGUAAAACAAGUAGCCAUGUCUCAAUUUAAUGCCUUUAGGGUAUCACUGAAUCACAAAAGGUAGAAUGACCAGCCAGAUCCUGUUAGUAGCCAAAACAAUGGACACCAAUGAUAUUGUUGGGGAGGCCUUCCAAUCAAUAAUCUUACUCUCCUACUCGAUAUUGAGACAAAUGCAGUGUUCAGAGAUUUUGCAUAGUGGAGUCAUGCUUUGGGGUAAACCCUUCCCCCAACAAAAUCAGAAAAAAGAAAAGUGAUUUCUUGCAAUGUUCUGAGUACCCAGAAACAACAAAUAUCCACCUUGGGAAAUAGGGAUGGGUAAGCAUUGGGGGAAAACAUGUGCCAUGGGUAUAGAGAAAAUAGAUGGCAGGCAGCCCACCUGCUCAGUUUCUGUGAGCUAGGGAUGGCCAUAACCUUGAGCUAUAGUGCCAAGAGAAGUGCUGGGUAGGAAAUCCAUGGUCAUCCCUACCUCAUAAAAAAGGGAGCAUAUUAUACCUCUGCAAAAUACCCCCUUUAUAUCAUGCCAGUGGCACUGUGUCUGUAGGUAGAAGUUUUUGUUUGGAGUACAAUGGUAGAUAGAACUUAACUGUUGAUUUUUUAAAGUCUCCUACUGACAUGAUAUAAAUGUUUAUAUGUAAAGGUUAGUAGCAGCAAGGGAAAAAUGCAGACGAGUUAACUGCACACCAUGGAUAUGGAGUAGAGAAAAACACCUGAAAGGUUUGACCGUACCUUCAGUUCUGUCGUUGACUUCUGCGUAUUGGAAGCCUGAUGUGAUCAAUGCAAGGCUUUGAAGGGUUGACAGUGUCCCUUUAAAAUAAGAUUUAUCAGGGGUAUAUAUAAGUAUAUAUAUUAUAUAUAUUGUAUAUAUGUUAGAAAGAUUAAGAAAAUAACUUAUAAACAGAAAAUCUACUAUAUGAAAUAAAUAUAUAACCAUCCAACUUCACACUUUAUCAUCAAAGUGGUAAAUAGAAAAUGGCAUUAAAAAUAGUUAUGCCUUUGAUUUGUGAUUAACAUGAUUGGCUUUUGCCCUCAGAGAGCUAAAAGUUAUCUACCUGAUGGGGGAGGAUGCAGCCGCAUUGCUCCAUGGCUGAGACACACGCCACUCUUACACUUAGAACAAGAAAAAAAACCACAACUUAGGUUUAGGGAGAAAAAAAAAAUAUUUUUUUGAAAAGAUUUUGUAAAGGCUAUUUAAUGGCAAGGGACAGGGAGGCGCAUAUAUGACCUUCCUGAAAUUGCUUUUAGUAACAAAUACAAAUAAAACAGAGGAAAUUAGCAGCUAUUUGAGAGAUGUUAAGAAUUCAUGAUAAAAUACUUUUGAACUGCGGAUGUUUCAUGUUUGACUGUCGCCGCCAUAUUUAAAAACACCCACUACAAGUUCAACGCUCAGAGUUGAGCAUGAUCUUGAGCUUUCUUAUCCACAAUCUAGCCAUAGUCUGUGGUGCUCAUCCCUUGAAAAAUUGUGUGCUUAAAUAUAUACAUAUAUAUUUGUGUGUAUAUAUAUGUAUGUAUGUAUAUAUACAUAUAUAUUUUUAAGCAAAAGAAGAAAUGUGUUUUGUGUAUUUUGUGGGGCAAGGAACUCAGAAGAUUCCCUUGGGUAUUUAUUUAAAUUAUCUCCUCAAAUUGCUAUUUUGACUGUUGGUUAUUUUACACUUCCUAAUCUCUGUAUUGUUUGGUCUUAACGGUUUGUCCCACUGUCCCUACAAUCAAAUUUGUAAUCCAUCUGUUUAACCAAGUGAGAGGUAACUCAGAGUGGUUUGGGAACCCCUCUGCAAGGAUACUACUGUUUGACCAUAGAGAGGAAGAUGAUCCACUUCCUGCCCAUAGAAUGGCCAGAUGUGGCUUACUUAACAGAUACUUUGGAGUCUGACUUUGGUUCAAUCUUUCCAUUAAGCAAAACACUUUGUUUUUUCCCAACAGUCAACCAAUGUCACCAUUUGGAAAAAAAAAAUCCUAUAAGGGGGAAUUAAAACAAAGCUAAACAUCUCCUCUGAAUUGCUGGUUCAGCAACAUGCUAGUGUUUUUCCACAAUUCUCCAAUCUAUAAGAGUUGACACUUCUCUUUAGGAAGCAAGACCUGGGUUAUGUGGGUUAUUCUAGGAAUAUGAGUUAGGAUUAGCUUAAAGGAUUGCUGAACACAAACAGUAUCAUGUGCAAACCUGUGCAUAUCCUAUGCAGUUUCUGAAUCUCUUUUGCCUCCAUGCUCUGUGGAACAGUUUUGGUUCAAAUGGCCGCUCUUAAAUUUGACCUGUAAACAUCGAUUGUCUCUUACUACCUAAUAAAGGAUGAAGCCUAA